AUGGCUGAAAAUCUUAUCACACAAGUCUCACAAGACGCCAAUUAUCCAUCUCAAUCAUACCAAAACUCUAAUUCGGUAGAUUAUGACUCAAAGAUUCAUCUCAACGUCAGAGGAUCGAAGUUCACCAUCACUCGUGACGAGCUCAUGAGCUUACCCGAAAGUAUCUUACUCUGUUUGUUCCCCAAUGGUGCCUUUCUUGAUAUCAAUGGGAAUGCCAUCACCAACUUGACCGAGGAAGAUACCGUUCAUGUGAAUUUUGAACCUAGUUGCUUUGAAUAUAUUGUUGAUACUUUUGGCGCUGCUCGUAGAGAUUUGAAUGAAAUGCCUCAAUUAUCACCCGUUGUAUCAUUUGGAGGUUCAUCUGCACCAAAGGAAACGGCGGCUUCGGUGUUGCAAAGUAAACCUGCUAUCAUUGUCUUGAGAGAAGAUUUGGAUUAUUAUGUUAUUUCUCCAGUUGCUGGAGUUGAUGCUGAUCAAAUGAGACAUCUUAAACUUUCUGUAGCUACUGAUUUGAUUGGAAACAAAAAGAUUUUCAGUGGUUUAGGUUAUAAUCCUAGUUUGAACCCAUCCAUUAAACAAACGUUGGGACCUGCAGAACAACAUUUAUUGGACAUGUUAUGUUCCUCCGGGUUUGAAACUACUGGGGAAUGGGGCAGUAGACUGAUGGAACCGGGUAAAUGUGUUAUUUCAUCUCUUCUGUUGGUUCGUUUACAAACACAAUCACAAGCACAACCCACCCCUCCGGAUUCACCAGCACUUGACCCUGUGACUUCAACUUCCUCAGUGUCAUCAUCUGCAAGAAAAUCCAGAUCCCGUAUAGCAAACCUUGCUCUGAGUGCCACUAGAGCAGCUUCAAGAUCACUUUCCAAGUCUAGAAAAGUUCCUGAUUCCAAUCAAACGAAAUUACUUUUAUUUUGGAGAAAACCAGCAAGAAAAUGUUGGUGGUCCAAUGAAACCAUAGAGAUAGAUGUAGCUGGAAUGGUUGUUGGAAACGAAACAUUCGAUACGAUGAAGGUGAAGGUCCAUAUUAGACGAGUUUGGACUUUGGAAUUAUCGGUUAUUGGAGUUAAUUAG